AUGCUCCCCACCCAUCCCCCAUCCGACUCUACCCCUCUCCCCUCCUCCUCAUCCUCCUCCUCCCGCCGCGUCGCUUACUACUACGACCAAGACGUCGGCAACUACAACUACUACCUCGGCCACCCCAUGAAACCCCACCGAAUCCGCAUGGCCCACAACCUCAUCGUCAACUAUGGCAUGUGCGACGAAGAAGGCGAGGAGCACGGGCCUGCUGAUAUUUGGGGCGAGGGGAGAAGGGGGGUGAAUGAUGAGCUUGCGCAAGGGUGGGGCGGGGGGGAGAUGGGGGAGGCGGAACUCAAGUGGGAGAAGGCGGCGUUGAGGGGGGCGAGGUCAAAGACGAUGCAAGUGUUCAAGCCGAGGAGGGCGACGAAAGAGGAGAUGACGAGGUUUCAUACCGACGAGUAUAUCGACUUGCUUGAGGCGGUGACGCCGGAGACGGCGGAUGCCUUGACGGGCGGUGGUACGCGAUGCCUGAUAGGUGAAGAUUGUCCCGCCUUCGACGGGCUGUUUGAAUUCUGCACCAUCUCUGCUGGAGGCUCUCUGGGAGCCGCCGAGAGAUUGAAUGCGGGCGCUGCAGAUGUAGUGAUCAACUGGGCAGGUGGUCUGCAUCACGCGAAAAAGACUGAAGCGAGUGGUUUCUGCUACGUCAAUGACAUCGUCCUGGGUACCCUCGAGCUCCUCCGCAUACACCCCCGAGUCCUGUACAUCGACGUCGACGUCCACCACGGCGACGGCGUCGAAGAAGCCUUCUAUGUCACCAACCGCGUCAUGACCUGCUCCUUCCACCGCUUCGGCGAGUUCUUCCCCGGCACCGGCGACGUCCGCGACGUCGGCAUGAAAAAAGGCAAAGGCUACGCCGUCAACGUCCCCCUCCGCGACGGCGUCACCGACACCUCCUUCCAAUCCAUCUUCAAACCCGUCAUCGACCGUAUUAUGGCCCAUUUCCGCCCCUCGGCUGUGGUGCUCCAAAUGGGCGCCGACAGUAUCUCGGGCGACAAGUUGGGAGGGUUUAAUUUGACGUUGGAAGGGCAUGCGGAGUGUGCGAGGUUUGUAAAGAGUUUCGGGGUGCCGGUGAUGAUGUUGGGGGGUGGAGGGUAUACGGUGAAGAAUGUGGCUAGGGCGUGGACGAAGGAGACUGCCAUCAUGUGUGGUGUCGAGCUCGGCGAGGAACUACCAUACAACCAAUAUUUGGAGUACUAUGGCCCUAGGUACAAGCUCGAAGUCGUACCCACCAACGCCCAAGACCACAACCCGCCCGAAUACCUCGAACGCAUCAAACAACAAGUAUUCGAAAACCUGCGCGACCUGCCCUUUGCGCCCGGUGUACAAAUGCGCGACGUUCCGAAAAAGUCUGUCGGGCAGGUGUUGGGGAUAACGGAUGGGUAUGGUGGUGGGGAGGGGGAUGAGCCUGAAGAUGAGCUGGAUCAGAGAAUAAAGAAAUUGUUGAAGCGCCGAAGAGCAAACCCCCUCGACGACCCAUCCACAUCAUCAUCCGACUCUGAACCCGACGCUUCCGCCUACGCCCGUCCCGGCCGUGCGCGCAGACAAGGUACAGGCGGAGGCCGCGGUCGCUGGCGGUCCGCCCGCUACGCCCAAGCCCAGGCCAAAGCCAAAGAACGCGAAGCCCUCCGCCGUAAAAACAAUAAUAGGGACGAGGACGAUGAGGAUGAGGAUGAUCCUUGUGGGGCAAAGGCGAGGCCGAAGAGGAGUUUCUUCAAGAUGGCGGCGAAUGGGGUGGGGACGACGAUAGAUCCUGUUGGCUUUGGCCUCGGCAUAGGGGGAGGAGGGGGGGAGGGGAGUGGGAAGGGCAAGUCGAGUGGGUUGAGUAGUGGGCUGAGUGCGCUGGCGGGAUUGGGGGUGGUGGCGGAGUGGAAGGGCGGGGUUUCGAGAGCUGGUACGCCUACGAGCAUGGCAUGA